AUGAUUCUCAGUGCAGUCCUCCGCUCGCUCCUCAAGAAGGACGCCUGGCAUGUGUGCUUUUCCAAGCACAAGUGGGGGCUGUUCACCAAGGCCAGCACGAGCACGUUGACCAUGCUUUCCGGUGCCCAAGUGGGCGCUGUCAUCUUCUCGCCUGGCUGCAAGGCGUUCUCCUUCGGCCAUUCAUCCUUCGACACCGUCGUCAACCACGUCAUGACGGGGGACGGUGCUGAGCUUCAGGGCUCCGCCACCGACAACGCGUUGCAGACGCUACACCGGCAGCAUGGCGAGAUGCGUACAGAGCUGGCGGAGAGGAAGAAGUAG